UCCUGAAUGUGCGCCGUGCAAACAUAGACCAACAUGUCGGGUUUUGCCAUUUUGAAAACGGGGCCAUAGAGGAAAUGGAGCUUGUGUUACGUUGAGAGGGAGGCGGGCAGAGCCGCAAAGCAUUACCCCAGACAGAGGCGGGGAGUGAACACAAGCACAAGAGGAGCAACCCAGGGAGAGCGAAGAGACAGGCGGCCGCCGCGAUGAGGCUGAAAAACCCGCUAAAACGAACGAAAUUGGCUGAAAACAUGAUGCGCUCCAUUGCCGACGACGGGGGAUAGAUACGUCGAAAAGAAUGGACAUCCUUCCAGAAUAAGUCGGGUCUACGAAGAACAGCGUAUUUCACCAAAUCGAAAUGGGCUGAUGUUAAGCCACGAAAAACUGAAGAACUAUGACGUUUGCGCUGACAUAAAUUGAUUUGAAAACAUGAGACCAAGGAUUGGACUUUCAAAUUGGAAAGAAAAAGAAGACACCUCUAACCCAUUCAACUGGAUAUUACGGAAGUGGACACAGCAUUGUUUAAAUGGAAGAUGGUCACCAAUUUGGCGAUUGGCCAAAUUUUAACAAGAUGGAACUUUACUUUUCGGGCUUGGACAUAAAUGUUUAAAAUUGUUUUUAUUUUAUUUAUUUUUUGGAUCCUUUUUCUUGACCACCACAUGGACUUUGGGAUCAUGCUUACUGUUGGAUGUGCUGACAUUUUAAUUUCUGUUUUUGGGAAACUCAAAAUCAGUGUUUGUACAUUUGAAAUCCAGAUGUUAUCUUAAAUAAAGUGUAUGUUCUUCAUUGUUUUUUCCCCCGCUGGCUUUGUUUCAAAGAGAUCGGUUUGCAAAUCAAGCCAAUUGUUUUCGCAUGAAUGUUGGUUCUGUAUCGAAUGAUGAUCAAAAUGUAUCAGAGGUCGAUUAUUCAGUUGAUUGCGUUUUUAUUGUUUUCAGAAGAAAACAAAGAAUAAAUUAUGAAAUGGUAAAUAAUUUGAAUUUUUCUAUUGAAAUUUUUAACUUCAGAUUUCACUAGCUUUAAAUAAAUCUGUGAUGGUGUCAAAGAAACAAGGAACACAAUAAUCCAUGAGGUUAUGGUUUCCAUCUGAAAUGGUUACCAGUACCUAGCUUGGAAGGCUUUCUAAGAUGGCCACUAUUUUGUCCGUCUUCCUGUCUGAAAAGGAAGUGAUGCAAUUGGUUGCAAAAUUUAUUCUUUUACUCUAUCUUUUUUUAUUAAGUGAGAGAAAGCUCUUGUUUUGGUCAUUUACCUUAAGGCAUAAAAUAAAUGUAAGUUUCUAUAAAAGUAUUUUUUUAAACCUUAUAAAAGGGGAGGGACUUGGACAUCACCUGAGAGUGGGGUAAAUGAAAAUAACGUCAAUCAAAAGCAAAGCUUUCAGAGCAGGGAAGGAGCUCUAGAUGGCGGUUGAGCCUUGGGAAAGGUGCCAGUUUUUCGGACCGUUUUUUGCUCGAUAGCGUUUGAUACUCGAUUGAUUUAGUAAGCGGAUGUUAUUCGAUGACAUUUUCUACGGAUUUCUAUGCGUUUUAGGUGGUUUUUGUGCUGUUUUCCGUGAGCUGAAAGAGCCGUCUGCUGGCGGAGUGCUUGUCGUUGUUUUCCAUUCUGGGCUCUGGCAGCCAUGGCGCGCCUCCAUUUUUAGUGAUCUCUGCUCGCCUCUGUCGGUGCAGACAGUGUUAGCCGAUGCAGACUGUAAAGGCCUACAUGCUUUUUUUGGGAAACAAAAUAAUUAUUUUUUUUUUUUUUACAAAUGACUAACCUCUUACUUACACGGCGUAUUUGUAUUUUUGUCACGUAUGUUUAGAUUUCCACGAAGAAAACGGGAAUCUAAUCGUUUGUUUUUCACGCGAGCGAUUUUCUUUGUAUACAAUUGUAAUAUUUACAUUACGGCAUUUAUCAUUAUGUUUUUUCUGUCCGUAAAUAUAGUUUUUCGAAAGCUUCUUGUGAUGACGCAGUUAAAAUUUACGACAAGCGGCUUGAUCCAUGGACUAUUUUGAAAGUGACCGAACAUUGAACAGACCACCAGAGCCACAGCACCUGUUUUUGUUCUAGGCUUUAUUCAAGUGAGCGAUUAGUAGUUUUAGGUAAAUAAGUCGAUUUGAGGCCAUUUUCUUAAGUCCGGUCGCAAACGCCUGUUUUUUUUUUAACCUGCUAAAGCACCCGAGCUAAAGCAGUCCAAUGGGACUUGUAUGAUAGUUGAAGCUUCCUCUUAACUUUUUGACAGCAAAUACCAGGACACAAAACGCCACCACUGUAUCAGCUUUUUGAGACGGCAACGAUGAUGAAGAGUAAAAAUAAAAAGCAAGCGGAUGAAGGAUCGACUCAAAGCAAUGCAUCAAGUAACUCUGCCUCGGAGGAAUCCAACCGCUCUGCGUCGGAGUCAGGAAGUCAGUCAGAAAGCGAACAUGGCAGUGAGAGGAGGUCACACAACUCUGAGUCAAACAGCACCUCUGAGUCGGAAAGUCACUCCGAGUCGGAGAGCGAGUCUGCAGAGUCCAAGUCGCAGCAAACCGCAGAAGUCAAAGACAAGCCAGUCAGGAAGAAAGAGCGUCUGGCUGAUGUGAAGAAGAUGUGGGAGGAGCAUCCAGACGUGUACGGUGUCAGGAGGUCAAACCGCAGCAGACAGGAGCCAGAGCGCCUCAACAUUGGAGCUGAGGGCAGCAGUGACUCUGAGAGCGAGAGCCCUAAAAGGAAAUCCUCACGCUCUAAGAAGAAGGAAAAUAUCUGGAAAGAUGAUGACUCAAAUGAUGAUGAAGAGGAGGAGGAUGUGGAGGCUUCCGACAGUACAGAAAGUGAGCAGGAAGAGAAAAAAGUUAGAUCCAGACGACUUCCUGCUAGAAGACCUCAGACCAAGUCUUUGUCCGGCAAAAAACAGCAGUUGCAAAAAGGAAGAAAGUCCCGGAAGCAGGAGUCAUCAGGCGAUGAAGACGAGGAUGAAGACGACGACGACGACGACGAGGAGGACGACGAUGAAGAAGACACCCCAAAAAGACAAACGAGAAGAAGGGGGGCUACAAAAGUGAAAAGCUAUAAAGAGGACCAGCACGACUUUGAAACGGACUCUGAUGACCUGAUCGAAAUGACAGGGGAGGCUGGUGAGGAGCAGCAGGACGACGACAGCGAGACCAUCGAGAAGAUUCUCGACACCCGAAUCGGCAAGAAAGGAGCCAUCGGAGCUGCUACUACCGUGUAUGCAGUGGAGGAGAACGGAGACCCAGCAGAAGGGUUCGAUCCCGAAAAAGAAGAAGGCGAGACGCAGUAUCUGAUCAAGUGGAAGGGCUGGUCCUACAUCCACAGCACGUGGGAGAGCAUGGACUCCCUAACGCAGCAGAAGGUGAAGGGUCUGAAGAAAAUGGACAAUUUCAAGAAGAAAAGCGAAGAGAUGAAUGCAUGGUUGAGGAGGGCGUGCCCCGAGGAUAUAGAGUUUCAUAACUGCCAGCAGGAGCUCAUGGCUGAUUUGAACAAGCAGUUUCAGAUUGUGGAGCGAGUCAUUGCAACAAAAACCGGAAAGACGGCAGGAACCUCCGACUUCCCCUCUCACAGUCAUAAGACGUCAUCCGACGAACCCGAGUACUUGUGUAAGUGGAUGGGUUUGCCGUACUCGGAGUGCAGCUGGGAAGACGGCGCCCUGGUCAUGAAGAAGUUCCAGCGCUGCAUCGACAGCUUCACUAGCCGAAACUCCAGCAAGACCGUCCCGUCCAAAGACUGCAAGGUUUUAAAGCAAAGGCCCAGGUUUGUUGCUCUGAAGAAACAGCCGACGUACAUCGGGGAUGAGAAUCUGGAACUGAGAGAUUACCAGCUGGAUGGCUUGAACUGGCUGGCUCACUCCUGGUGCAGGUGUAACAGCGUCAUCCUCGCUGAUGAGAUGGGACUGGGGAAAACCAUCCAGACAAUCUCUUUUCUGUCCUACCUGUUCCACCAGCAUCAGCUCUACGGGCCCUUUUUGCUGGUGGUCCCUCUGUCCACGCUCACCUCGUGGCAGAGGGAGUUCGAGACCUGGGCCCCGGACAUGAACGUGGUGGUUUACAUCGGCGACGUUAUGAGCAGGAAAACCAUCCGUGACUACGAGUGGGUGAACCAUCAAACCAAAAGGAUCCGCUUCAAUGCACUUAUAACCACGUAUGAGAUCUUACUCAAAGAUAAGGGCGUCCUUGGGAACAUCAACUGGGCGUUUCUGGGCGUGGAUGAGGCUCACAGGCUGAAGAACGAUGACUCCCUCCUCUACAAAACAUUAAUGGAGUUCAGAUCCAAUCACAGACUCCUCAUCACCGGCACUCCUCUGCAGAACUCCCUCAAGGAGCUCUGGUCUCUGCUGCACUUCCUCAUGCCUGACAAGUUUGAUUCCUGGGAAGAUUUUGAGGACGAGCAUGGAAAAGGGCGGGACAACGGGUACCAGAGUCUCCACAAAGUCCUGGAGCCGUUCCUGCUGCGGCGGGUCAAGAAGGACGUGGAGAAGUCUCUCCCCGCCAAAGUAGAGCAGAUCCUUCGAGUGGACAUGACCGCACAGCAGAAACAAUUUUACAAGUGGAUUUUAACAAGAAAUUAUAAAGCACUUUCCAAAGGGACGCGUGGCAGCUCCUCAGGCUUCCUGAAUAUCGUCAUGGAGCUUAAAAAGUGCUGCAAUCACUGCUUUCUUAUUAAACAGCCUGAGGACGGAGACGGUGAGGUGCAGCAGGAUGUUCUCCAAGGGGUAGUGAGAGGCAGCGGGAAGCUUGUCCUGUUAGACAAGCUGCUCACGAGGCUCAGAGAGAGAGGAAACAGAGUCCUGAUCUUCUCCCAGAUGGUCAGGAUGUUGGACAUUCUGGCAAAGUAUCUCACCAAGAAGCGAUUCCCAUUUCAGCGGCUGGACGGUUCCAUAAAGGGGGAAAUCCGAAAGCAAGCGUUGGAUCACUUCAACGCCGAAGGCUCUGAGGACUUCUGCUUCCUGUUGUCCACCAGAGCUGGAGGCUUGGGCAUCAAUCUGGCCUCUGCAGACACCGUGGUCAUCUUCGACUCCGACUGGAACCCUCAAAACGACCUUCAGGCACAAGCAAGAGCCCACAGGAUCGGGCAGAAGAAGCAGGUGAACAUAUAUCGACUCGUCACUAAAGGAACGGUGGAGGAGGACAUCAUCGAAAGGGCCAAGAAGAAGAUGGUGCUGGACCAUCUGGUCAUUCAAAGAAUGGACACCACGGGUCGAACUGUUCUGGACAGCAACUCAGGAAACACUAAUUCCAACCCUUUCAAUAAAGAAGAGCUGACGGCGAUUCUGAAGUUUGGUGCGGAGGAUCUUUUCAAAGAGGCAGAAGGAGAAGAGUCUGAACCUCAGGAGAUGGACAUCGAUGAGAUCCUGAGGCUGGCAGAGACGAGAGAAAGCGAUCAAGGCUCCAGUGCCACUGAUGAACUGUUAUCCCAGUUUAAAGUUGCCAACUUCUCCAGUAUGGAAGAAACCACUCAUGAGUUUGAGGAGAGGCCUGUACGGGAGUGGGAUGACAUCAUUCCAGAGGAGCAGAGGCGCAAAGCUGAGGAGGAGGAGAAGCAGCGGGAGAUGGAGGACAUCUUCAUGCUGCCCAGGAGCAGGAGCUCUAACAAACGGGCGCAGGCCAACGACAGCGACAGCGACGUGGGCUCCAAACUGAAGAACCGCUCCUCUGGCUCCGACAGCGAGACCGACGACAGCGACGACGACAAGAAGCCCAAGAAGAGAGGACGGCCGAGGGCUCGCAAGAACAACGUGGAGGGUUUCACUGACGCAGAGAUCCGCAGGUUCAUCAAGGCCUAUAAGAAGUUCGGAUCUCCUCUUGAGCGGUUGGAGGCCAUCGCCAGAGACUCUGAGCUGGUGGACAAAUCCAUCGCAGAUCUGAAGAGGCUCGGAGAGCUGAUUCACUCCAGCUGUGUGUCUGCGGUGCAGGAGCACGAAGAACACCUUAAAGAGAACCCAGUUGAAGCCAAAGGCCCGGGGAAACGGCGGGGAAUCAACAUCAAGAUUUCAGGAGUGCAGGUCAACGCCAAGUCCAUCAUCCAGCACGAGGAAGAGUUUGAGCCUCUGCACAAAGCAGUCCCCUCCAACCCCAACGACAGGGACAAGUUUAAGCUGACGUGCAGGGCCAAAGUAGCCCACUUUGAUGUGGACUGGGACCUGCAGGACGACACGCAGCUCCUGCUGGGCAUCUACGAGCACGGCUUUGGGAACUGGGAAUUAAUCAAAACCGAUCCUGACCUGAAACUUACAGAAAAGAUCCUCCCAGACGACCCAAGCAAGAAGCCUCAGGCCAAGCAGCUGCAGGCCAGAGCGGAGUAUCUCCUCAAGCUGCUGAAAAGAGAACAGGACAGCGCCGACGUGGCGAAAGCCGGAGACGAGGUCAAAGUGAAGAAGAGGAGGCCUCGGGCGAAGAAGGAGAACAAGGUUCUGAAAGACGAGCAGGGCAACGACAUCUCCUCUCCCCGACUGUCCGAUAACCCGUCAGAGGAGGGCGAGCUGAAGGAUGAGGUCACGGAAAAGUCCAACGUGAAGAAGAGACAAAAGAAAAAGGACAACAAGGAGAACAAAGAAAAGCAGGGAACCCCGAAAAAGGAGAAGAACGGGGACAAAGAGAAGAAGGCCUCAAAGCCCAGAAAAGAGAAGGCUAAAGGAGCCAAAGGGAAAAAGACCCAAGGUCCUGUUCACAUCACAGCCGGGUCCGAGCCCGUUCCCAUCGAAGGGAAGGAGGACGACGAGCUCGACCAGGAGACCUUCAGUGUUUGUAAGGAACGCAUGAGGCCGGUGAAAAAGGCUCUGAAGCAGCUGGACAAACCAGAUGAGGGUCUGUCGGAUCAAGAGCAGCUCCAGCACACCCGUACAUGUCUGCUGAAGAUCGGCGACCGCAUCACGGAAUGCCUUAAAUCCUACAACGACCCAGAACAUGUCAAGUUGUGGCGCCGGAACCUCUGGAUUUUUGUGUCCAAGUUUACCGAGUUUGGUGCGAGGAAGCUCCACAAGCUUUACAAGAUGGCUCAGAAGAAAAGAUCGCACGAGGAAGAGAAGGAGCACAAAAAGAAGGAGGACCUCCCCGGAAGAAUGAAAUCCUUCAGACCAGAAGCCUCCGGCUCCAGUCGCGACUCCACAGGUACUCAGCCCUCAUCCAAGUCUGGCUCUCACCCGGGCCAGCCGGGACCCCACGGACACCACAGGGAGCCGUACAGCACCGGCAGCAAGCGCCACUUUGGAGGUGAUGAUCGGGGGGACUGGCAGAGGGACCGUAAAUACGGAUAUGCAGGAAACAGCAGCCAGCAGUGGCAGGGAGACCGCCACCAUCCCUACGACCCCCACAGGUACAAGGAUCACUAUGGCGAGCGGCGUCCGCACGGGGACCCCUACCGCAGCUCGGGCAGCUUCCGGAACAACGUCUCACCCCGGAAGAGACCCUACGAGCAGUACAGCAACGACCGGGACCACAGGGGUCACCGGCCGUACUACGACAGGCAUCCGGACCCCAAAAGACGGCGCCCCGACGAAUUCCGUUCCAACUACCACCAAGGAGCUGAAGGCUCCCUUCAGGACUUCAGGAGGAUGCCGGACCACAGACCCGCGGGUCCGUCAGGACCCGAACAUUACAGCAGGCCCUUCCAUCCCGACAAACCCCCUCCCCUUUUGGACCCUCGCUCCCCUCUCAACCAGAAGUCCCCGCAGGACUCCCGCUCGCCUUUGGAGCGGCCCGGCGAGCCCAACGCCGUAACAGACCCAAACCGGAUCAACCGGAAAACAUAGUCUGCUGGGACUCGCCGCUGAGAAGGGAACGCGGUCUCUUUACAAGCAUCACCAAACUCGUGACCUCUUUUCUCUCGCCACUUUGCCACUCUGUCUGUCUGUCAGGAUGGAAACGCACAAAAAGGUGCAUCAUAAUGUAAACAAACUGGCUGCUCAGUCGGUGGCGGUGCAUCUGGAGCGCUAGUCCCAUGGACUACUGUAAGGAGAAUUUAGGAUAUUUGAAUGAAGGACUUUCAAUCCUAAAAGUGCCUAAAGGUGUUGGCCUCUGGAGCCGUGAAGGUGAAGGGAUUCUUCCUUAAAGAACCAAGACAUCUUUUUUUUUUUUUUUAAGUAGCUUCAUCGCAAAUGAGGACAGAUUUGUUAUCAUUUGCACCUUAAGACCUUUCGAUCAUGGAGCUGAACUGACUGAUAAAGGUUUCUCCGUGCUGGAUGGGGGCGGGAUUCUUCCUCCUCUGGCUUUUUGGUUUUAAAACAAACUCCCGGCUCUCCUGCUCACGGUGGAGUCCCUCUGUAAUGGUGUUGAUCACUGCGAUCCUUUAGCUGCUGUCACUUUAACCACGAGAAGGCUGUCAGAGCAGCAUUUAUUACAGCCCCGCUACAACACUACAGAUUAAAGCUACUCUCUUCAGUAUUAGGAUUCCAAAUUCAUCUAUUUGAGGCUUUUCAAUUAUUCAAUCCGCCUUAAAUCUGUCAAUUCAGUUUAUUUAGGUUUGACUUUUUCCAUCAUCCACCCUUAAAGUAGCAGAUUUUAAAGGUCAUUAGAAAGGCUUUUGUCUAAUAGGUAUUUUUUUUCCCCGUGCCAAAUCUCCUGUCGCCAUGUUUUUGUUUGUUUGUUUGUUUGUUUUUGUGCCUUAAUGUUUUGUCACUGUGCUGAGGGCUGGAAGUGUUGGAGGAAAACUGGACACAUCAGUUCAAACCUGAAGAAGGGACCAUAAACGCUGGUAAUCCUUGAGGUUUCUGUGAUUUCUAGAAGAGCUGCUGAAAUUAUGGAAAUAUGAAGAAAGACGAUGUUUUCGAGAAGCUAAAAAAAAAAAAACUCCCAGUCUUUUGUCCUGGGCACUCCGCUGAGCUUUUACAGUGAAAAAACAACCUGCUCUUCUUUUUCUCCCACUUCAAGCAAACGCCGUCUGUACCGUUUGUUCUGCGAAUGGAAGAAUGAAAAUAAUUUAUAUUUGUGACCAAAACAGAACCACUCCGUGAGAUUAUGUGGUGUACAUAUGUUGAGGCAUAUGGAAUAAAUUUUGUUACACAAGAAAAGGAGCAUCGCCUGACUGAAAGGCGAGCAGCAGCAGCAGGUGACACUAAAUCCACUAUGGAAGAUUAAAAGCUUGCUAUGAGCUUUUUUGUAUUGAUUG